AUGUCUGAUUUUUUUGGUUCAUUUCGAAAAAAGAAGCAUAAUGCCACAUCAGGGGCAACAUCACCUCGGUCUUCGAUCGACAGCUCUUCUAGAAGAAGCCAAGGACCGAAUGAUGUGACAGAUGAACCCAUGCCAAACAGCGACGAACAGAUAGAUGACUUAUUUGAUCAAAUGUUGAGUCGAAGAGGUCUUGAUGAAGAGAAAAAGAAGCCACUGAAAACAUCACUUGAUUACAAAACUAAAUGGGCCAUGAUUGUACAGGAUCGUAAAGCAGAACAAGUGGUUUCAGGUCGAAAACCUCAGGAAGAGGACACUGAAGAAGCACAACCUUUGAUCUCGGUGCUUUCUGAUCUGGCUGGAGAAAUGUGGUCUGCCACUCGAGAAUCCACGGCUCGCACUAUUGAAAGACAUUCGUAUCGUCAUAGUCAAUUGGCUCCUAUGGGUCGCCGUGUUUCUGAGGCUAUUCAGUCCUCCAAUGCGCCUUCCACAGCAGUCUCUUCUGCUUCUGUAGCGUAUGACGGUGUAUUGCCAACCGAUAAGAACUCGCCUGAAUUCUAUAUUCGCAAGUUUAUGGAAGCUGAUUUAAGAGCAGUUACGCCUGCUUUAGCAGAUAAUCUGGCUGUUAGCUUAAGAACUCGCCCACUUGAUUGGGUGAUUCGAUUUACGGAUCUGAAAGGUCUACGUGUGGUUUCUCAUGGCUUAUCCUUUUUAAACAAGAAACCUGAUGCAGAAAGAAAAGGACAAAUGCUUGAACUAGAAUACGGUUUAAUCAAGUGUAUCAAAGUCUUGAUUAAUGCUAGAUGGGGCGCUCGUGAAGCUAUUUUGAAUCCUGAAUACAUUCACUCCAUGGUGUUUUCUAUUGUGUGUCCGCAAUGGCAAGCAAGAAAGGUCAUUUGUGAUAUUUUACUGUUCUUGUGUCAUUGUGAUGUACCACUAGGUCACCAUAUUGUCAUGCAAGGCUUUGAUUUACUGCGUCAACACCGUCAAGAAUUUGGUGUGUUUGAUGCAUGGAUCAAAGACUUUGAACAUACAUUGGAUGGAACUCAUCGUGUCGGUAGAUCCAAUUCAAUAGAUGAGUACCAGAAACUCGGUGUAUUUGUGCCUCCAGACAGUCAUUUGAUUGAAUACUGUCUGUCUAAUGUUGGCUUGAUCAAUGCACUGGUCUAUAUUCCAACUGAAGCCAAUGAUAGAAUCUACUUCCGUAGUCAAUUCAAACUGUCUGGACUCGAUCGUGUCUUUGCUAAACUUGAAAAACUGGACGAUCCUGCGUUAUACGAGCAAAUGGAUAAAUACCGUCGAAGAGCCGAAAGUGAUUUAGAUGAAGCCUUUGGAGAUGAAUUGUCCAUGUACAGUGAUAUUUCUCAGCCCAAUGAGCUCUUGGAGUUGAUUCUCGAGAAUAUUUCAGAUGCACCGAACGCAUUGGAUUUCCUGCUUCAGACAUUCAGAAGCAUGUUGUUGAUCAAAGGUGAUGCGGAUAGAAAGACGCAUUAUCAUCAAGCCAUUAGUGAAAUUGUAUCGAAUAUCGUGAUGGAUCGACGAGAAAGUGUUACUGCAGAUGAACUGGGAUCUUCUGCUUUUGGUUUCUCGGUCAGCAACAUGAUCGGUCGAUUCAAUGAACUUGACCGUCUUCAGGAACUCGCAAGAACGGCAGAAGAAGACAGAGAAAUGGCUCUUCGAUUAGGAGCUGAAAACAAAGCAUUGAAGGAUGAGAUUGAGACACUCAAGAAAGCUACUCAUGGAGAUCGCGAAGGACGCAACUAUAAGCUGGAAAACAUUGCUCUGCGUGCUUUACAACAACAGUCGAAUAAGACAAUUACCAUGUUACAAGAAAGACUUAAAGAAAAGACAGAGGAUUUAGAAGAAGUUGCUAUGACUACACCUUCUAUUGUGGUUGGUGAACAAUGGAAAUUGGCUGGGAGAAGACCUGAUAAUACACUUCCACUUUCUCCAUUGCAUAAAGAAAGUACGAGUGAACCUCACAUGACUGAAGAUGAAGCCAAACAGCCUCCUACUUUACCUCAACAUGGAGAUACUGACCCAACAAAAGAUACCAGCGGUGUCCCACCUCCACCAAUGCCUGGGUCUGGCUUACCUUCAUCUGCUGCACCACCACCACCACCACCUCCUCCUCCUCCUCCUCCUCCUCCUCCACCUGCACCUGGAGCAAGUGGUAUUCCUCCCCCGCCUCCUCCUCCUCCAUUACCAGGCACUUCUGGUGUACCUCCUCCCCCACCUCCUCCACCUCCUCCACCACCUGGAGGUCCUGGCGCACCUCCUCCUCCUCCUCCUCCUCCUCCUCCACCAGGAGGUCCCGGCGCUCCUCCUCCACCUCCACCUCCUCCACCUGGAGGUCCUGGCGCUCCGCCACCACCACCACGUAUCACCUGGAGGCCCUAUACUCCCCCUGUACCUUCUGGGCCAGCACGCAAACAGCUUCGCCACUACCCUCAAAUCAAACUCAAGAACUUUCAAUGGCAAAAACUUGAUGCCCGUAGUGUCGAAAAGACCGUCUGGAAGUUGGAAGACGUGGACGAGAAUCAAAUCGAAGAUGAUCUUGAUAAGCACGGUGUCUUUGAAAAGAUUGACGAACUGUUCCCUGCCAAGGUCAAUCAUUUCUUUGAGAAACGAUUAAAGGCUAAGGUGGAAGAAAAGAAGGAUGCUGUCAAGUUCUUGACGAAAGAAAAGACGAGAAACAUAAAUUUGGCAGUGCUUCCUAAAGUCAAACAAUAUGAGAGUUUUGUUGAUGUCCGUUUGGAAAUUAUGAAGGUAAAUGAUGAGCUUUGUACGGAAACCUUCUUGGGUAAUUUGAUUGCCUAUGUGCCAAGUAAAGAUGAUGAUUUGAAGGUGAUGGAGAAAUAUCUUAAAGAGCCACCUGAAGCAUGUGAAGAACUAGAUUUCCCUGAACAAUUCACGAUUGAAAUGUAUAGAAUGUAUAGAUAUGAGCCUCGUAUACAAUUCAUGUUGUUUAGAAUUCAAUUCUGGGAAAAGUUUGAGCAACUUGAAAGGAACAUGACAGUUGUGCUUGAUGUAUCGGAUGCGCUUAAGAAUUCCAACCACUUAAAGAACCUUUUAUGCCUUAUUCUUGUUCUUGGUAAUUAUAUGAACGCAUCUAGUUUACAAGGAGGUGCAUUUGGUAUGCGAAUUUCUAGUAUCAACAAGUUGGUGGAUACAAAAGCAUCCAACAUUUCAUCCCUCAACUUACUCCAUGUACUGACAGGCGUCAUUCGCCGUCAAUUCCCUGAACUUCUUGGUUUCUUACAAGACCUGAAGGAGAUUGAACAAGCUGCUCGAGUGACCGCCAGUAUGAACGAUAUGAUUCAACAAUACACAGAAAUGAGAAAGGGACUUAAGGAUCUAGAGGCAGAACUAGAAAGUCAAUGGAAAGACAUUGAGAUCAAUGAAGAUGAGGAUAAGUUCCGUAGUGUGAUGAUAAUCUAUAAAGAGAAGGCUGCUUUACGAUUCCAAGAUCUCCAGACACUCUAUAUCAAUAUGGAUGCAGCAUGGAAAGAUACCAUGGUGUAUUAUGGUGAAAACCCUAAAGUCAUGCGUCCAGAUGAUUUCUUUGGUACAUUUGCUCGGUUUGUUGUUGCAUGGAAGGAAGCAAGUGCUACUGAAGAAAAGUUGGCCUUGAAGCAAGAACGUGAAGAAAAGAGAAAGCGUGAAGAAGAAGAAAGAAAAGAGCGUGCCAGAUUAAAGAAGGAAAAGGCUGAAGCUGCAUUGAAAGCCAAAAGAGGAUCUGUCCAAGGCAUUAAUACAGAUGCGGAUGGUAAAGGUGAAAAUGAUCGUUGUAUGAUGGAUAACCUUCUGGAGAAAUUAAGAACGGGUGAAGUUGAAGUACGUACUGCGAGUCGCAAGGGUAGAAAGCCAAGAGACAGAAAAGAAGAACCCUCAACGGGCGACUUGUCUGCUGCUGAUUUAUUGAAGAGUCUUGAAGCCGAAGACUAA